UCUCCCUCUCUCUCUCUCGCGCACACACACACACACACACACACACACACACCACACCACACACACGCACACAUGCACGCACACACACACACGCACACACACACAUACAUACACAUACACAUAUACACACAGAGGCAUAGACGGAUUCUCUGAGAGGAAGCUAAGAUGGAUGGGGAAUAUCUCUAUGUCCAAUGAUCUUGUGGGAGCAUGCCUCUGAGUCCGCCAGCCGACGCCAAACAUGAGUCUCCCGACCGGCCACGGCAACAGCACGCCCCUACCAACGGUAACCACGGAGACGACAGCAUUCGGGCCUCUCCCGGGAAAAAACCUGCCACGGAUCCCAUGGAGGAUCUCCACGGAAACGCAGCCGUCAUCCGCAUUGGAAUCCCUGACCUGCAGCAAACAAAAUGCAUGCGUUUGGACCUGGAGGCGCCGGUGUGGGUGUGUAAGCAGCGCAUCCUGGUGACCCUCACCCAGAGCCUGACCGACGUGCUCAACUAUGGCCUCUACCUGCCCGCCUUCAACGGCCGCGCCGGAAAGUUCCUGGACGAGGAGAGGCAGCUCCGGGACUACCCCAUGCCCACGGUCACCCCGGUCCCUUACCUCGAGUUCCGCUACAAGAGACGAGUGUACACACAGAGCCACGUGGAUGACAAGCAGUUGGCUAAACUUCACACCAAGGCCAACCUGAAGAAGUUUAUGGAGGUCGUGCAGCUGAGGUGUGUUGAGAAAGUCUCCAGAUUUCUGGAAAAAGGACUGGACCCAAACUUCCAUGAUUCAGACAGUGGAGAGUCUCCCCUCACCCUGGCCGCACAACUGGACUCGUGUGCAGACCUGAUUAAGGUCCUGCGUAACGGAGGCGCCCACCUGGACUUCAGGACCAGAGAUGGCAUCACCGCGCUGCACAAGGCCGUGCAGUCCAGAAACCACGUUGCACUAACAACCCUGCUGGACCUGGGGGCCUCGACGGACUACAAGGACAGCCGGGGCCUGACUCCCCUCUACCACAGUGCCAUGGUGGGCGGAGACCCGUACUGCUGCGAGCUGCUGCUCUACGACCACGCCCAGCUGGGCCACAGCGAUGAGAACGGCUGGCAGGAAAUCCACCAGGCCUGUCGCCAUGGAAACGUGCAGCACCUGGAACACCUCUUAUUUUACGGAGCAGAGAUGAGUGCCCAAAAUGCCUCAGGAAACACAGCACUGCACCUGUGUGCCCUCUACAACCAGGAUGGCUGUGCCAGAGUCCUGCUGUUUCGAGGAGCUAAUAAGGACAUCAAAAACUACAACAACCAGACAGCAUUUCAGGUCGCCAUCAUUGCAGGAAACUUUGACCUGGCAGAGAUCAUAAAGGUUCACAAACCCUCAGAUGUCGUGCCUUUCAGGGAGAGCCCCUCCUACUCUUCCAGGCGUAAAGGCGGGUCCAGUGGGUGUCUGUCCCCCCGUCGCUCUGCCCUGCUGCGCUCGGCCAGUGACAACGCUCUGGACGAGAGUCUGCCGGCCCCCUCGCCCGCCCCCUCCCUGCGCAGCCUGCCCCCGCUGGACGCCGAGGAGACGUCGCCCUCGCAGCAGCAGCAGCGCGGCCAGCAGGGGGCGCCCUCGCAGACGCGCAGCCUCAGGAGACACACCCGCGGCCACCUCAGUCCUGGGAGCCCGGUGCAGCGUGAGCCCAGUCCUCCGGCGGUGUCGCGGGGGCCCAAGCGGCGACUCUACAGCGCUGUACCCGGCCGCACCUUCAUCGCCAUCAACUCGCACACGCCGCUGGGAGAGGGCGAGAUCACACUCAACCGCGGAGAGAGAGUCAAGGUGAUGAGCAUUGGAGAGGGAGGCUUCUGGGAGGGGUCCGUUAAAGGAAGGACCGGCUGGUUUCCUGCACACUGCGUGGAGGAAGUCCAAAUGAGACAAUAUGACCCUCGGUUAGAAACACGGGAGGAUCGGACCAAGAGGCUGUUCAGGCACUACACCGUGGGCUCUUAUGACAACUAUACUUCCUACAGUGAUUAUGUCAUCGAGGAGAAGAGUGCCACGCUACAGAAGAGAGACAGCGAGGGCUUCGGAUUCGUCCUGCGCGGAGCGAAAGCUGAGACACCCAUCGAGGAGUUCACACCUACACCAGCGUUUCCAGCCCUCCAAUACCUGGAAUCCGUGGACCUGGAGGGUGUGGCCUGGAGGGCGGGGCUUAGAACAGGCGACUUCCUGAUAGAGGUGAAUGGCGUGAGCGUGGUGAAGGUUGGGCACAGACAGGUGGUGUCUCUGAUCCGACAGGGAGGCAGCAGGCUGGUCAUGAAAGUUGUGUCUGUGUCUCGCAAACCAGAUACUGGAGAUGUAGUCCGCAAAAAAGCCCCACCUCCCCCAAAGAGAGACCCCAGCACAAGCCUGACUCUGCGUUCCAAGAGCAUGACGGCCGAACUGGAGGAGCUGGCAUCCAUGCGGAGGCGAAGAGGGGAGAAGCUGGAUGAGAUGCUGAGCAGCAGUAAGGAGCCGGUGGUGGUGAUGAGGCCACGCCCCACGGAGGCGGACUCUCGCGCUGCCACCGUCAAGCAGAGACCAAUCAGCCGGAGAAUCACACAGGCAGAGAUUAGUAAUCUCCUGGAGAGGCAAGGAAUGUCUCCAUCUUCUGGGAUGCAGCUGGGAUUGGAUAAGAGUCACAUGCAGCUGCCGAGAGGAAUGUCCAGAACAAAAUCCUUCGAGAUGUUUCACACAGGUGCCCCCGAGGACGACCGAAUCUCCGCUCUGAUUGGAGAACACCGGUUUCCACGGAGCUCUUCCAUGACGGACAGCUUCCACCACAUUCCGCCCCCGCCUCAGACGGCGCCCCCUCCGCCCCCGACUUCCUACUACAUGGACUCCGGUCCGCCUCCGGCCUUCCUCCCCCCGCCCCCUCCGUCGCGGGCGUCCAAUCAGUCGCGCUCGAGCUUCCGCCCGGGCGCGGAGCCCAAGCUGCACGGGCCCGUGACGACGGAGCGGCAGCGGAAAGCGCGUUCGAUGAUCAUCCUGCAGGACACGGCGCACCUGCCCGUGGAGCCCACCGCCAUCUCGCGUCCGGCGACGCCCACCUCGGGUCACUCCGGGCAGCCGCUGCAGGAGCGCGGCAGGCGGCGGACGUCCGGCGUGGAGAACCCCUACGCCAACGUGGGCCGCCUGAGCACCCUGUACACGCCGGCCAAGCCGCAGCGCCGCAAGAGCCCGCUGGUCAAGCAGGGCCAGGUGGAGGAGGCCGGCGUCGGAGGAGGGAUCGUCCCGCUGAUCCGCGAGCCGUCUCCCGUCGGGACGCUGCCGCGCAUCCCGCACAGCAGCCGGGCCGAGCAGUUCCAGCAGCAGGUGCUGUCGGAGCGCGCCCGCAUCACGCCGCCCGGGGCCCGGCGCCGGCCCAGCGUCUUCCUGUCGGUGGAAGGGGGCGCCACCGAGCCGCAGACGGUGCUGCUGUCGCAGUCGCACUCCAUGGACGAGCUGGCCGAGCUGCCGCCGCCCGCUCCGAUGCUCUCGCCGGGGCCCCCGCCGGGGGGGUCCACCUUCAUCCACCCGCUGACCGGCCGGCCGCUGGACCCGUCGUCGCCGCUGGCGUUGGCGCUGGCCGCGAGGGAGCGCGCGCUGAGCGGCCGGACCACGCCCACCACGCCGUCCCCGUCGCCGACGCCCAGCCAGGGCCGGGGCUCGGAGCGUCCCGAGACGGAGGGAGGGGCGACCACGCCGACGGCGGUCGAGGCCACGCCGCCGCCGUCCUGGAGGGACGAGCCGAUCAGCAUCAUCGAGACGCCGCCGCCCAGCGAGAUGGUCGUCGUCGUCGGCAGCGGCGGCAGCCCCGCGUCAGGAAGGAGCCCGGAGACCACGCCGGCCCCGUCCAGCCUGACGGACACCGAGCACAGCCCGACCUCGACCGCGGUCCCCCGCGUGCCCUCGCCGGCGCCGCCGCUGGCCAUCCUGUCCGGCCGCAGCAUGACCAUGAGCUCGGAGGAGGAGGCCGAGCCGUACACGGUCACGCUCCCGCCGGCGCUGCUGUCGUCCAGCGACGAGGAGACGCGCGAGGAGCUGCGCAAGAUCGGCCUGGUGCCGCCGCCCGAGCCCUUCGCCAACGGCCUGCUGGCCAAAGAGGCGCCCAUCAAGGCCACGCUGGCGCUCGUCAGCGCUUCCGGCCCGCGGCCCGUACCGGCAUCCGCCGCCGCCGCCGCUAGCGGCACCUCGACCUCUUCCGCGUCCGCCUCGGGGGGCAAGUGCGACUCGGUGGCCACGGACUCGGGCGUGGAGGACCCGCACCUGGAGACGACCAGCACGGUGUCGACGGUCUCCAGCAUGUCCACGCUGUCGUCGGAGAGCGCCGACUCGGCGCACGCCAAGCCCAAGUGCGUGGUGGGCCGCGGGCGCCCGGCCGCUCUCAUGCGCGACCCGCUGCUCAAGCAGUCGUCCGACAGCGAGCUGCUGCCCCAGGUGCAGGGCGGCACGGGCACCCCCGGCCGGCCCCGGUACCUCUUCCAGCGCCGCUCCAAGCUCUGGGGGGAGGUGGAGCCGCGCGGCCUCGGAUCUUCCGCCGAGCAGCAGGAGAGGGGAGGAGGAGGAGGAGGGGCAGGAGGUGGCGCGGGUGGAGGAGGAGGCGCGGGGGGAGCGAACGAGGGCCGGCCGGCGGCCAUGGGCGCCGAGCUCCUGAGCAAGGACUCGCACUCGCUCGGGGAGGAGCCCAUCGUCGGGGCCGCGCUCGACCCUGGCAGGAGGUCGCCCGUCGGAGGGGCGAGAUGUGAGGAGGAGGGCGGAGAGAGUAAAUCGUUGUUCAGCAGCCUGGGCGAGCUGCACACCAUCUCCCAGCGCAGUUACGGCACCACCUUCACCAUCCGCCCAGGCACCCGUUACCCGGUGACGCGCCGCACGCCCAGCCCCGGCGCUACGCCCGACCGCGGCGGCGACUCGCCGCUGGGCCCCGUGCGCAGCACCUUCGGCAGCGGCGGAGGCGGCGGCGGCAGCAGCAGCAGCCCCCACCUGCCGCACCACCACCACCACCACCACACCAUCCUCAAGUCGUCCAGCCUCAGUCUGCCCACGGAGCCCAAGGAGGUGCGCUUCGUCAUGCGGAGCGCCAGCGCUCGCGCCCGCAGCCGCUCGCCCUCGCCGUCGCCCUGCGCCUCGCCGUGCCCGUCGCCCGUGCUGGGCGGGCCGCUCAUGGCGCUGCGGCCCUUCCGCCAGCGCCCGCUGGCGCUCUGGAACAAGUACGACGUGGGCGACUGGCUGGAGAGCGUCGGCCUCGGUGAGCACCGCCAGCGCUUCCUGGAGCACGAGAUCGAGGGCGCGCACCUGCCCGCGCUCACCAAGGACGACCUGGCCGAGCUGGGGGUGACGCGCGUUGGCCACCGCAUGAACAUCGAGCGCGCGCUCAAGCAGCUGCUGGACACUUGAAGGUGCCCACCUCAAGAUGGCCGCUCACUCUCCAGGCCGCCGCGCAAAAAUGUUCCUCUCCGUACAGACGUAGAAUUUACACUGGAGUUUGGCACAGAAUAGUUGAACCUGCACAACCCCCCUUCCAAUCCAAACACAGCCAUCGACAAUCUACACUACCCCCCCCCCCACACACACACACACACACAUACACACACAUACACACACAAACAACAACUGGAUCAAUAUCCAGGAUUUAUCUACAACUUUAAUUUAUACAACAAUAUAGCAGACCUAUCCAUACCCCUCACACUUUCCCCCAAUGCCAUGCAAAAAAACCCCACUAAUAUUCAACAUCUAUAUAAGGCAUUCUUAGUACCCCAAGACAAAAUAGCCACUUUAACAUCCUUACCUUCAAAAUGUUUUUUUUUUUAGUCACAGAAUCAGCAUAGUAUCUAACCUCUAACUAGUCCCAACAUUUUGGUAUAUCACCUUUUACCCUUACCAGGUAGUCCCAGUCCAAUAUUUUGCUGUGGUGGUACAGUAUACUGGGUCAUAACAGACUGGGCCUGGGUUGCUGUGGUUGAUGUUAAGUGAAAAUUAAUGUUCAACAUCUAUGGUUAAAGGAGAUUGCCUUUGGAGAGCUUUCUGCUCUCUACCUUUUUAAGCAACCUUUGAACAGAUUCUGCCUCCAUCUAGAUUUAAUAAAAUGAAAGUAUUUUCAGCUAACUUUUAUAUGUAUGAAUUAAAACAGGCUAUAUAUUUAAGAUGGAACGAAUUGUAUUGCGUAUGAAUGCAACUUGAAGUUUAACUUCACAGUUUAACCUUAUAUUGUGUCUUUAAAAAGUUUGUGGUAGAGUUAAUUUGGUCAGAUUUACAGCUAUUUUACCUUUGAAGCAAAGUCCCUUAUCACAAUUAUUGCUUUCUAUUAAUCUGUGCUUUGAUUAAUAUGAUGUUCCCAAUAUAUUUAUUAUUUUAUUCUCUUUACAAAGUCAAAAAUGUUGUUGGACGAAGGCGUUUGAGACGUUAGUAAAUGUGGCAGAUGUCUGUAAAUAUGUUAUUUUCUUUCUUUCCUUCUUUCUUUGUUUUCAACUUAAACAGAAGCAAUGAAAAUGUGUGUUAUUUACAUGCUGACUAUGGUUGCUCCGAGGGCUGUGAUGUUUGCUCACCUCUGUGAAUGACUUACAAAGAUCAGGUGCUAUGUUACAAAGCCAUCUGCACACACACACGCACACACACACGCACGCACACACGCGCACACACACAGACACAGACACGGAC